CCAAGAUGUCAGCCGCCAUGAAAUUUUGAAGUUUUUGGGAAAAAACAAUGAUUAUGACAGUAAUAAAUUUAUGGCGGAUUUAACAUGAACAGGAUAUUCUUGUAUUAUUAAGGGUCUAAGUUUCGAAUCAUACAUAAUAUUAAGAUCGGCCACAAUGGCAGAUAAGAACAGAAAUAUGCAUAUCACCACGGGAACGUCAAGUGCAAAAGAACAGAUUGAGGCAAUGCAAGCUCAAUGCUACUGUGAUAAUACCACAAUGGACGACCAAAUGCUGCAGUGUAAAACUUGCAAACACAACUUCCAUAAAGGUUGCCUUAAGAAGAUACUUCCCACUAGUCUAUCAGGGGAUGUACUGUUCAACUUGACAUGCUCAUCCUGUAGUGCCAAUGGAGAGGAACAUAUCUCAAGACCAAAACUUCAAUGGUUACAGGUAGUAAUCCUAGCCCUCUACAACCUACAGCUUACAAAACAGGGUAAAGGGAACUUCUUUCGUUGGAAGGACCACAUAUGCGGCUUCAUCGACAAGCAUUGGGUGACAUUCUUUGGGCCUGGGACUAGGAGAAAGGGAACAACAUGGCAGGGGACAGUGGCUGGGGUUCUCUCAACAGGGUCACCUCAUUAUUUUGUCCCUGGGUCUUCAGAACUGAAGGAGGCUGGUUGGUGGAGGCUCAGGGAACAUAAACCUCCUCCUACUUUACUUGAUUUGGAGGUGACUAGUCGUCGCUACAGUAAGCGCGACAGAGAGGACAAUGAAGUGGUGAAACUGGAAGGUUUACGUAGCAGACGUAGUCGAAGUUCCUACCAGGCAGCCAUUGAACUAAAGGCUAAAAGAUAUGGGGGCUUUACAGAGAGCAAGGAGAGCAAGAAGGACUCAACAGACAGGACUAGAGGGUCCAGAGAAUCACUAGAUAAAGGUGCAUCCAUUGUGACAACAACACCCCCUAAAGCAAGUAAAGGAGCAGAAAUUAGUAAAACAAGACUUUCAACGGGUCCUACACAAAGUGAAGCUUUGAUACAGGCCAACAGCAGGCAGGUUUCUCCCAUAGGUGAUACAUCAUCAGAGAAUUCCAGGGAUAAUUGGUUCACAGAGAAGGACCUUGUCAUAGGCAAUGAGCUUCCAGAUCUGUUAUUGCAUGAUGAAGAAGAUGGAGACAUGGAUAGUGACUUUGAGGUUGAUCCUUGUGGGAUGACACCACCCUCCUCUCCACCCUUCAACCAACCACUCCCAGACAUGGAAGACAUAUUAUCAAGUCUGGGGGAGCCAAGUACUUCAGGAUUUGAAAGUUCAAAGCUAGUGAAAAUCGAAAAAGAGUCUGACUCUGACUCAGACAUGUCAUCCAUAGAUGUGGCACCCCCUGUAGUCCCAGAGCAAGUCCCCAGUAAUUCCGAUCACCCUGUAAACCAGUCUCCUCCAGGGUCAGAGGUCAGCUCCGAAAGUGAAGAUGAGGCUAAUGGGUUACAACUCAGGGUUGAUAAUCGCAUGAAACGUAUCAGUGCUGCUAUAGCUGUACCUCCUCCAAAACCACCUCCUAUCAAGUACAUGCCAGUUAGCCUACAUGAGGAGAGGCAGCUAUUGAGGAGGUUACAAAAUGUUUACAACUGUGGCAGCCUUACACCAGAUCUGAACAGAUUCAGGCAGAAACUGAAAGUCCGACAAAUCAAAAGGGAGAAGGGACAGGCAUUGUUUGAUAUUGAUGCUGAGAUGUAUCGACUGACUGGGUCUAGUAAAGAAAAUACAAACAUGUCGCAGUACAUGCUGAAUCCUCACAAUGUCCCCUCACCAUACCAGCAGGGUGACUAUAGGGUAUUGGACAGGUUUCAGCACCCAACAUUUUCCUUACCAAGGGAGAACCAAAAAAUAUCUUUCAUAAAUCGGCUAAUAGGAACAGAUGAUGAGCAGUUGGAAAGUAUCCGUAGCCCAUAUACAGCACGGAUGCUAAAACCUUACAUACGAAGGGACUAUGAAUCUCAACCAAUCAAGAUGAGACUUCUUCAAGAGAUCAUAUCAUACCCCAAUCGGAACAUGCCAGAUGUGAAACCCCCAAAGAUGCCCCCUAUUGACUAUUGUUACAUUAGGCCCCAGCACAUUCCCUCCGUUAAUGCUCUUGCUCGCCAAUUUUUCUGGCCAGGGAUUGAUUUAUCUGAAUGCUUACAAUACCCAGACUUCAGCUGUGUGGUGUUAUAUAGGAAAUUCCUGAUAGGGUUUGCAUUUAUGGUGCCAGAUGUGAAAUAUAAUGAGGCAUACAUCUCUUUCCUGUUCACACAUCCAGAGUGGAGGGGAGCUGGCAUUGGCACAUUCAUGCUUUACCACCUUAUACAGACAUGUAUGGGGAAAGAUGUCACUCUCCAUGUAUCUGCAACCAACCCAGCCAUGUUACUCUACCAAAAGUUUGGCUUCAAACCAGAAGAAUUUAUUCUAAACUUUUACGAUAAAUAUUUCCACGAAAGUUCAAAAGAUUGUACCAUUGCAAGAAAUGCUGGUACUAAUGCAGGGGUACCUUCGAAAGAAAUGCUUGUACUUAAGUGGGUGAACCAAUGCAAGAACAUUGGUACCAUCGCAGGGGGUACCAAUGAGCAAAUGCUGGGCUGGUACUUAUGCAGAGCUACCAAUGGAAAAAAUACUGGUACCAAUAAUGCAUGA